AUGUCCGUCUUGGUGCGCCCACCAAAGCGCAAAUUGUCUGAGCCUUCCGAUUCUGAUGAGAGGAGAAAAGAAAGUUCCAGGAUAGCUUCAUGGAAGGCAUUUGAUCGAACAUACUCGCAAUCUAACUCGCGCCAACCUAGUGAGCAGCCUGAUACGUGUGGCAAUUCACACAGUCAGUCGAUCUCAACCAACGCAACUCCUGUUCCCAUCAGUAAUCACCCCUUCCAAACUCCGCGAAACUUCAGUCCAAAGGCCUCCAUCGUACUUGUCGGGAUUCGAGGUACAGGGAAAUCCAGUUUAGCUGUGAUUCUUGCGACAUCUUCUGGACGCCGCUUGAUUGAUGCCGACCAUUACUUUCACCAGGUGACGGGCUGCUCGCGCGCCGAGUUCAAAAAGGACAAUGAAAAUCGACAGCAAGAAGUACGGGUCUUCCAAUCCAUGCUUGAGGAUAACAAGGAAGGGUGUGUUAUCGUAUGUGGCGGUGGACUGGAGAGUUGUGCCCAGGAACUACUGAGAGAUUAUGCACAAAGUCAUCCGGUCAUCCAUGUCACUCGAGAUCCCGAUAACAUCCAAUCCUACCUAAAAAAGUGGAAUACUGAGAAAGUGCGGCUCUUCUUGCUGCUGAGCGGUCCAGUUUACCGAGGAUUGUCAAAUUUGGAAUUCUUCAACCUCUCCGAACCUACUAACGGAGACAAUUCAGUAAAAGAAGGCCACAUUCCAUCCCCAGGGCCGACACACGCACAUUCACCAUUUUUGACCUUGAAGCGGCUCCAGAGAGACUUCCUUCGUUUCAUCGCCUUUGUUACUAAUGAUGUCACGGUGUUGACUCGCCAGCACGCCUCUUUCCCACUAUCGCUGUUACCAGUCCAAGCUCGAUCAUAUACCUCUGCAAUCUCAGUCCCAUUCUCCGCACUGUGUGAACAGCCCCUUGAUAUUGAAGAACUGGAAUACGGCUCAGAUGCUUUUGAGCUAGUAAUCGACAUGGGAAGCUUCUCAGAUGAGCUAUCAACCCCUUGGGAUAUGUCAGAGAAAUACCAGCAAAAGUCAAAUGCCAACCUACACGAUAGUAUUAGCCAAGUUGUGUCCAUCAUUCGUCGGCAUAUUAUUGUGCCGCUUAUAUAUCACGUCGAUGGCCAUGUCACGAAAGGGUCUGCUUCUCCAGCCCAGACUACCAAUGAGUCUUACUUCCAUCUAGUCUUCCAUGGCCUACGACUCGCACCAGCUUUUGUGACCGUUGAUCUCUCUCGUGAUGAGAGUUUGGUCUCUGAAAUUGUGAGGUUCAAAGGAUGCACGAGUGUCAUUGGCCAUUUCGAGGCAUUCCGCUCUCUACCUGGUGGCUGGGAUGGAGAGGAAUACAUGAAGAUUUAUGAACGCGCAAAGCGAAUAGGAUGUGAUAUGGUCCGGAUCUGCCAACCAGCUGAGAAGAUGGAAGACAACUUUGCCGUUGAAAGUUUCCGAUCCCGUGUUCGAAAUCUUCCUGGGGCACUUCCUUUAAUCGCCUAUAACACCGGGCCCCUUGGUCGCAAAUCUCGUUGUUGCAAUCCUAUUUUGACGCCAGUCACGCAUCCAGCCCUAAUUCAUGAAAGUCCAACAGAAAUGCGUUCGUCAAUUACUGCCCGUGAAGCUCAACAGGCCCUUUACAGCUCAUUCACAGUGGAUCCGAUGCGAUUUUACGUUUUUGGUGUCAAUGUCACCUACAGUAUGUCACCCGCCAUGCAUAACACGGCCUUUAAGCUGUGCGGGAUGCCUCAUCAAUAUUCGCUUUACCAGUCACCUACUCUUCGUGGAUUGAACGAUCUUGUCCAGAAUCAGUUCUUUGGCGGCUCAAGUGUCAGUUUACCCUACAAAACCGAAGUCAUUCCUCUCCUACAUUCCAUGUCACCGCAUGCCCAAGCGAUCGGUGCUGUCAACACCCUCAUUCCUAUCCGAGAUAUGGAUACAUUCGAUCCCCAACUCCCAGUAGGUAUCGAAAAAUGCCGGGCUGGUCCCGUCGUGGGUUUACAUGGCGAUAAUACUGAUUGGAUCGGUAUCUGCAACUGCAUCCGCCGAGGUCUUUCACCUGCGAAUGCUGUGUGUCCUUCCACAACCGGUCUUGUUAUCGGUUCUGGUGGCAUGGCCCGCGCAGCUAUAUACUCGAUGAUCCACCUUGGGGUGCAGAACAUCUUUGUUUGGAAUAAAACUCUCGCAAAUGCCGAGAAGCUUGCCCAUCAUUACAAUCGCCAAGAACGCCACUUGACUGAACAAGGAAGAAGCGACGGGCGCCCAAGGGUCAUGACCUUAAGCUCACUAGGCGAUCCUUGGCCAGUCGACUACAAACAACCGACUAUCAUUGUAUCUGGUAUCCCGGCUCAUAGUAUCGGCGGUCAGCCAGCUCCUAAUUUUAACGUGCCAUGCCAGUGGCUUGAAAGCCCGACAGGGGGUGUUGUCAUCGACCUGGCAUACAAACCCCUCCACACACCACUCAUGAAACAAAUACGUGCUCUGUCGCACCGGGGCUGGGUUCCCAUGGAUGGUCUUGACGUUCUCCCUGAGCAAGGUUUUGCCCAGUUUGAACUCUUCACUGGACGCCGCGCACCUCGACGGCUCAUGCGGAAUAUCGUCCUCCAAAAAUACGUGGAUGAGGAUGGAAACCAUGAUGCCAGUUACAUCAAAGAUAGACUGCAGAACUUGGAUGGCAAUCCAAGCUGA